UAAAGACCGCAAUUUGGCCGACGGAAGGCACACUCGGUCACAACACUCGUCUCAGUAAACAUCUAAAUUUUCUUUCCCCUAAGUAUAAUGAACACAUUUGCCGUGUUUUUGGCCUUUGCACUGGCCACGGUUGCCGUGGCUGAACCACCAUCCGGUUACAACUACAACCGACCAUCGUCGGGUGGAAACCGGGGUGGAUAUUCCCAUGGCGGCGGUGGUGGUGGCGGCGGAGGCGGUGGCUACCCCAGCGGAGGAUCCGGCUAUGUUAGCAGCUUCAGCAGUGGCGGAAGCUUCUCCAGCGGCGGUGGUAGUCUACAAAAUGUUCCAGUCGGUGGACAAACCUCCGAGGGUCUGAACGUGGACCCACAGCUGUUGAACGAAAUCCGUCAGAUCUUGCUCCGUGAGGAAGGCCAGAGCUCGUCCUCGGGUGGAUUCGGAGGAAGCGCACCAAGCGGAUCGUAUGGCGCACCAAGUGGAUCCUACGGUGCUCCAGCUCCAGUCUACGGAGCACCGGGAGGUGGAUCUUCUCGCGUCGUAGGAAUCGAUCUGGAAGGAGUAAGGCAAGCCAUCCAGGUCGCUCAAUACCUGCAGACUGCCACUGGUGGAUCAUCCGGCGGAUACCCUUCGGGUCCAUCCGGUGGAUAUCCUUCGGCUCCAUCCGGUUCGUAUGGUGCUCCAUCUCGCCCAUCAGGCAGCUAUGGUGCUCCAUUCUAAGGACUGAUAGCAAACAAACGAAUCCCACACAGGGAUCCUGAAGUAGCAAAUCUUCAGCCCGCCAACAAAGCACCAAAAUCCCCCACAAAAUCAAUUGGGGAUCAGAACUGGCCAACGUACCACGGAUCAUCCGAUAAAAUCCAACGAGCGUAGCGAAAAAAAUGUCAGAAACAAGACUUAGAACAUGCCACCACCAUUACAAAGAACAAAAACACGCACAUUCAACAUACUUUCACCUAUACUUUCAAACGGGUCUGAGCGAGCGGAGCUUUCCGCCGAGUGUCCUUCUCCCCUCUGGGACCACCAUUAUAGGUUCCUCUCCAUUAUCGGGAGUUGGACAAACGUCGGUCGGUUCCGU